UUUCUUCACUCUCAUGCUCACCACCAACUUCUCUGAUACAAUUCAAACCAAGAUUAAGUAGUUCUCACCUCAGAUGAAGAAGAUGUUGCAUCUGAUUCUGCUAUUGCUAUCAGCCUUUGCUGGGGCUGCUCUCGCUGGCGGCAAUUUCAACCAAGAUUUCGACAUCACGUGGGGCGAGGGCCGGGCAAAAGUACUCGAGGGUGGGAAGCUUCUUACCCUCUCCUUGGAUAAGGCUUCUGGUUCUGGAUUUAGAUCCAAGAACCAGUACCUGUUUGGGAAGAUCGACAUGCAGAUCAAGCUCGUUGCUGGUAACUCCGCUGGCACUGUCACGACCUACUAUUUAUCUUCCUUGGGGUCGAACCACGACGAAAUUGACUUUGAGUUUCUGGGGAACCUCAGCGGGCAACCUUACAUCCUGCACACAAACGUAUACACACAAGGGAAAGGUGAAAAGGAACAGCAGUUCUACCUCUGGUUCGACCCGACAAAGGACUUUCACACCUACUCGAUCUUGUGGAACCCUCUCGGCAUCAUAUUCUCAGUAGAUGGAACUCCCAUAAGACAUUUCAAGAACCAAGAGUCGAAAGGGAUAUCUUACCCCAAAAACCAGCCGAUGUGGAUCUUCUCGAGCCUGUGGGAUGGGGAAGAUUGGGCGACAAGAGGGGGGCUCGUCAAAACUGACUGGACAAAAGCCCCUUUCACAGCCUCCUACAGAAACUACAACGUGCUGGCUUGCACUAGCGCUUCCGGCUCCUGCUCCUCGUCUGCCAGUUCAUGGUUCUCGCAGUCACUGGACAAUACUGGGAUAGAAAGAAUAAAAUGGGUGCAAAAGAACUACAUGAUCUACAACUAUUGCACCGAUUCUAAGCGCUUUCCGCACGGUUUUCCACCCGAGUGCUCCAUCAUAUGAUACAAUACCAGAAUUAGAAUACAAGCGAUAACCACCUGCUGCACACAUGUAUGUAUACAAGUGUUUGUUUUAUUCUUUGUGAUGAGUUGAAUAAACAUAAAACUCUUAAGCAGUAAAGCGAGCAUUAUGCA